UCUUGACAGCCAGUAGAAAUAGAUAUGAUUGUAGGAAAAGACCGAGAGGGUUUCUUCACCAACGGUCUGACCCUUGGUGCGAAGAAGUGCUCUGUGAUCAGAGAUAGCCUGUACGUGGAUGGCGACUGCACGAUGGACAUCAGGACGAAGAGCCAAGGUGGUGAGCCGACGUACAACGUUGCUGUAGGCAGAGCUGGCCGAG